UAGAGCAGGUCUUCAUUUCGUGUCGUUCUGGUCCCCCGCGUGCUUAGAUCGCCUUCAUUUCCAUUAUUGUCUCUGCGCCAUGAGCAGCGCAAAUACCCGAAAAUCAACUUGCAGCACUACUACUAGCUGCCUGCCCUGGCCCUUCGUCCCCGUCUCCGUACCUCGCCCGAGGUGCAGACUUUCGACUGCCUAUCCAAUCACAGCACAACAUAUAAAGCGCAGGGAUUGAUUCUUGCUCCUCCUCCUUCCUACUCACCUACGCUUAUGCGCCUGCCCUUUCCUCUGCAGGGCAGGGUAAGGUUUAGCGACUUUUUUUUUUUGCGAAUUUUUACCUUUUCGGAAUCGCUAGCUCCGUUGGUGCGUGCAAGCAGCGUAUUAUUGCCGUCGUUCCUCGUCUCGUGCUUGUUUCCCCCCUUGACUCGUUGCCUUUCUUGGACAGCCGUUCUAGGACGAACGAAUGCAGCCUUUCCUUGUUCGGUGCCGAUGCCUCGGGAAAUGCUGACGAAGGAAAGACUGCUCUUCUCUCCCUUGCUGAUCGUCUCAGAUAAGAGCGGUGCUUGGUCUCUCUGCCCUAUCGUUGAUGAGCGAGUGGGGCGUUGGGUCGUGGGUGCGGCCGCUUAUUGCAAAGUCAGGGGUCGAUUGCGAGAAGUCGGAGAGCGCAGAGGCAUGCACCACAGUAGUGGUAAGAGAGAGAUAGAAAGCGCAGGGCCGCUCUCAGGUAGGGGAGGGAUGGAACAACGCGAGGGGAAGGAGAGAAGAGGAGGAGGAGGAGGAGGAGGACAAAGGGAAAUGACAAGACAAUGGACGAGGAAACGAGGAAAGCAGUAGGGGGGGAGUUUGAAUCAGACCAGGUUGUACAUUUGCCCGAGGAUCGUAUCUCGUCGGCCAAGUGAUGAACGCGGAGCGGCACAAUGGAGGGGACACCACCUGU